AGUUGGUCAAGACAGGUAGGUCAAGCGCGUGUAUAAGUAGGAUCCUGUGCCCGUAGGUUGCUCGGUCUGUCUCAGAUCACCUUUGCUGCUCAUUCUUCAUCCAUCCAUCAUGAGUGCUGCGAAAUUCUUCUUGGUCGCCGGCCUGCUUGCGAGCGGUGCCUACGCUUCACCCAUCCAGGCAAGAACUCCUUAUGCCGUCAAGGACUCCCACUUUGUUCCUUCCAAGUGGAGACAGGUUGCUGCUGCUCCCUCAACUCACAACAUUGAUCUCCGCAUCGCUGUCAAGCAGAACCAAUUCACCGAUCUUGAGAAGCACUUGUACGAGGUUUCUGACCCCGACCACUCUCGCUACGGCCAGCACUUGAGCGAGCUCGAUGUCAAGAAGCUUGUUCAGCCUUCCGACGACUCACUGGCUCUGGUCCACGAGUGGCUCGCCGACAACGGCAUUGAAGCCGGUGAUCUCUCCUACAGUUCUUCCAAGGAUUGGAUCAAGGUCUCCCUCCCCGUUCACCGCAUCGAGAGCCUCCUCGAUACCAAGUACAAUGUCUACCGUCACGAGGAUGGUUCCGAGACCGUUCGUGCACCCGAGUGGUCUUUGCCUCUGCACUUGCACGAGCACAUCGACACCAUCCAACCCACAAACUCUUUCUUCCGCAGCAGCCCCAAGGCCGUCUCUCUGGAAGUUAACAAGUUCGGUGGCUCAUACUCCCAGGAUGUCACAUACCACCAGGACCCUAACGUUACUGCCAUCUGUACUCCUCGUGGCGUCACCCCUCUGUGCAUGAGAACUCUUUACGAGACCAUUGACUACAUUCCUCAAGUUUCCGGCAAGAACAAGAUGUCUCUUGUCAACUACCUUGGCGAGACCAACAACCGCUCAGACACAUACCUCUUCCUCGAGAAGUUCCGCCCCGAAGCCAAGGAAACUGCAUACGAAUUCCAGUUCGAUGUCAUCAACAACGGCAGCACAUCUCAAGCAAAGGUCACUAGCAGAAUCGACAUCGAAGGCAACCUCGACGUGCAGACAAUGCUUGGCUUCUCAUAUCCCGUGCCGCUCACAGCCUACACUGUCGGCGGAUCACCCGAUUUCAUCCCCUCGAACGGCACAACCACCAAUACCAACGAGCCCUACCUCGACUGGCUGCAACACAUCCUUGCCCAGUCAGACGAUACAAUCCCCCAGGUCGUCUCUACCUCCUACGACGAUGAAGAGCAGACCGUCCCCGCCAGCUACGCCAAGCGUGUCUGUGAAGACCUCGCUCAACUCGGCGCCCGUGGUGUCUCUGUCUUCUACUCCUCGGGUGACAGCGGUGUCGGCGGCUCUGGCAGCUGUGUCACCAACAACGGCAGUAAUGCCAAACGCUUCAUUCCCGAAUUCCCCUCGACCUGCCCUUACAUCACUUCCGUUGGCGCAACUAUGGACUUCAAGCCCGAAGUUGUGGCUUAUCAUGCCUCUGGCUACGCAUCUGGAGGUGGUUUCUCGGAUUUGUUCCCCAGACCUGCCUACCAAGACAAGGCCGUCAAGGCUUACCUGAAGGGACUUGGAGACAGAGAUGCUGCAUACUUCAAUGCUAGCGGAAGAGCCUACCCUGAUAUUGCUGGCCAGGGAAGUUACUUCUCGACCGUCUGGAACGGCACUGAUACUCUCGUCUCUGGUACCUCCGCCUCUACACCCCUCAUCGCCGCGCUUGUUGCUCUCGUCAACGAUGCCCUGCUCGCUGGUGGCAAGCCCACUCUUGGUUUCCUCAACCCCUGGCUGUACAAGAAGGGUUACCGCGCCUUCACCGACAUCACCAGCGGUUCUGCUGUUGGAUGCUCUGAGAUUGGCGAUGGUAAGGGUUUCCCUGCUGUCGAGGGUUGGGAUCCUGUUACUGGUUUCGGUACUCCCAAGUUCAGAGACAUCAUCCAUCUCCUUGGCGUACACGGAUACUGGAACCACACCGGUGGCUGGAGCUAGAUAUGAGGCUUCACUUCUGUUUGUUUACCUAGGCUUCAGAGGCUUCACUAUUGUUUGAGGCUUCAUUGUUAUGAUACGUAUUGAUACUCAC